CGGAGCUGACAACGCAGUGGAAGCUUACCAUAUGCUUGGGACCUGUCAACAACCUUGCAAAUUCUGUAAUCGCCGCCGCGCGCGUGAGCUAGCGUGAACCUCUGCUGCCGGCGCGAUGACGGCAUUGAAGGAGUGCAGCCGCAGCAACAACAGUGACGCUGCGGCGCCGUUGCCUGACGAGUCACCGCCUGUGAGGCCCUCCAGCGGCAGCCACUCGCCGGCGGCGAUCGCGCCGAUGGUGGUGGCCUGGACGGCGCCUUUGGCGAUCGCUUUCCUCCCCAUCGCCGCCGUGCUGCCGCAGCUGCCGCACAGUGGGCCGCCGACGACCGGCCGCGCCGCCGCGCUGCUCGCCUGCGCGGUGUGGCCGGCGCUGCAGCUUGGGCUGCUGCAGCAGAAGCUGGGUGAAACCCUAGCUGCGGCUAUCUACCACAUGAUGGUCCCGGUGCUGGCGUGCGUGUUCGCUUGGGCCGUGGCCCGGACGUUCGCGCUCACGGCGUCUGCCGGACGGUCAAUGCAGCACCAGCAGCCGCUGCUGCAGCAGCAGCUGCAGCCACCGCAAGAGCAGGCGCCUGACGCGCGCCCGGGGCUGGAGUCGGGCACAGCGUCGGCUGCUGCAGAGCUGCUGGCGCCAGCACAGCAGACAGAGGCACGCCCACAGCAGGUGGUGCCGUCGGCGACUGCAUCCCUCCUGGCGGCCGCGGCCGCGGCUGCAGUGCACGCGGCGACCCUCCACACAGCUGCGGCGGCGGCGAUGGCUAGGGCGGGGGCGCGUGCAUCGGCUCUGUACCGCUCGCGGUCGCGUCAAGUGACGGCCGCAUUCAAGCUGGAGGUGCCGCCGGGCGUGUCCUUCGAGGCCGCCGCCGCCUUCGUCUCCGCCCGCGUUCAUCUCACCGUUCAGGAGCUAACGCGCGACCUCAGCAGCCGCAACACCAGCGGCCGCAGCGGUAGAGGAAACGGCAGCGGCGACAGUAGCGGCGGCGGCGGUAGCAGCAGCAGUGAUGAGGCUACGGCGGGUCAGCGCCGCGGCGGCAGUGACGGUGGCGUGGCAGGGGAGCCGGUCGGUGAUGCGUCCAACGGCGGCGGCGGCAGUAGCGCCCGCGGCAGCUUCAAACGUGGCGGUGGCAGUAGCAGCAGAAGCGAGAAUCCCACGCCAGCCGCCGACGCCCGGCCAGCUGUGGCCGAUGCUGCCAGCGCUGCCCUGAUCGCGGCCUCAGCAGGCACCGGUGCCGUGCCUAGCAUCCCCGACCCCAUCUACAUCCCAAGCCCCGUCGAGCUCAAUGCGAUGUCCCGCAGCUUCAGUAGCAGUCCUGCGGACGCAGCGGCAGUGGCGGUGCCUGCUGCUGACACGGCGCCUGCUUCAGACCCAGGCACCGCACGCUGUGCAGGUAGUGCAGGGCUGUCCGAAUUGCCCCCAGCCCCAGCCCCUGCUACUGCUGCGGCUACUGCGGCUGCUGCUGCUUCUUCUGCCGCUGAGGCGGCGGCAGAGGCUGCUGCCGCAACGGGUCAGCCGCUGCCGCGCUUCGCCAGCUACGCGACUCAGGUGCAGUGCGUGCCAGGCUGCAUCGAGAUCAUUCUGCAGCUGCAGUUCGCACCCGAGGAUGAGGAUGAGGGGCAGGCAGCAGACGGCAUCCAGCAGCCUGUCAACGUCACCGGCAGCAGCAGUGCCGACGUCAGCAGCCGCAGACGUACGGGCGUAGCCCCGCUGAGCGCCGGCGCGGCGGCGGCCGUGCGGACUGCGGACGCGGCAGCGGUGGAGGCGGCAUUGGAGGCGGCUGUGCAGGCCGCCGUGAUGGCACUGGAGGCAAAGCUAAUGGAACAGCUGCAGCAGGCGGCGACGGCGGCGGCUGUAGCAGCGGCGCCGCCGCAGACGCAGCGGGUGCCUGCGGCUGUAGCCAGUGGCGGCGGUGUUGGCCAAGGCGGGAGCAGUGGGGAUGGCCACGGUGACGCAGACGCAGACGCCGCGGCGGCUGUGGCGCUUGCUGGCGAGCUUGACGAUGGUGGUGGUGAUGGUGGCUCUGGAGAUGAGCAGCAGCGCGAGGAGCAGGUGCGGAGGGCUCUGGCCCCGGAGGGGUCGCACGGCAGCCCACUGCGUGUCGGCAGGACGGGCAGCAGCCGCCAGCGCCGCGGAGCAGGCAGUAGCAGCAGCAGCGGCAGCAGCGGCAGCAGCGGAGGAGGCGAUCAGGGCGACGGCAGUGGCAGCAGCGGCAGCGGUGGUGGUGGUGGCGAAGCUACUGCUGCGACUGACCCAGGCUCGCAGCAGAGCACAGGCGGCGGCAUCCCGCGCGCGGUGUGGGUGGUAACGACUCCGGUGGCCUCUCGCGCGGGCACCGCCUCCCCUGAUAAAUCUACUGCAGGCAGCCGUGGCCGCCGCAGUAGCAGCCGCGGGCUCAACUCUGGCACCGCGCAGGUUGCCGCCGGCCGCGACAGCACUGGCGGCGGCGGUAGCAGCCAAGCCGCCGCAAGCCGGGGCCUGCAAUCGGGCACGGCGGCGGCGUCAGCGUCUGGCGAGCUGCUGCCUGUGCUGUCCGCCGGGGCGUCGGCGGCGGCCGGGGUGCGUGGCACGGACACAGAGAGUGGGGAGGAGAGCCCACGAGAGAGGCCGCAGGAGGGCCAGCAGGAGGGCCCACAGCAGCAGCAACCUGACCUGAUGCCGCAGUCGCUUGCAGCUGUAAGCGGUAGCAGAAGUAGUAGCGCUGGCAGCGCACGCGCGGCGCCGCUGCUGGUUUGCAUGGACCCCCCAGUACUCAGCACGGCAACGGCGGCGCUCGCUGCCGCCGCGGCCGGCAGCAGCAAUGAGGCGUCGGCCGCUGGGAACGCGGCGCGCGCGCAUUCCAGCGUGCGCCUUGACGUGUUUGCCCCGGAGCACUUCCGAUGGUAUCGCAUGCGUCCUGCUCCUACUGCUGCUGCAGCCGCUGCUGCAGCCGUUGCUGCAGCCGCUGCUGCUGCCACUGCUACUGCUGUGCCGCCGCCGCUACUGGUGCGGGUGGUGGUAACGCAGGCAGGCGCAGUGGUGGUAGAGGUUCCGCGGCUGGAGGUGGGGCCGCGAGGAGCCAGCGUCAGCCUGGACCUGUCUGGCUUGGCCGAGGGCAGUGCGGCAUUGCUGGUGCUGCCAUACCGCGGUGCCGGCCGUGGGCAGGAGGCGGAGGCGGAGCUGGCCGGCGUCGCGGGCCCUGCUGCCGCUGCCGCUGAGGCUGAGGCUGCUACAGCCCCGGCGGCGGCGCUGCACUACAGCCUCAUUGCGGUGGUGCCGCCGGAGGUGGCGGCGGAGCUGUGUGGCCUCAUGGGCCGCAUGGGGCAGGAGCUGGCGGAGGAAGCGGAGGCGGCAGUAGCAGCAGCUGGCGAGGGCGGCAUCAGAACCAGCAGCAGCACCAUGAUGUUCCUUGCGCGUGCCUUCACAGAGAACCUGUGUCCGCUGGUGUCAGACAUGGUGUCAAUGCUCCUGGGUUGCGGCCGGCUAGCGACGGAGCACGCUAGCAGUAGCAGCCAGCCGCCGCCAACAGGUGGACGGCCGGACGGCGCCCAUACAGACGCACAGCGCGCCGCUACCACAGGCGAUGCGACACCCAUCGGCGCAACAGCCGACAACGCCGCAACCAGAGAAAACAGCGGGAGCGGCGGAAGCGCCGCCGUCGGCGGUUUUGCCGUCGGCGGCGGCGCCGCUGGCCACCAUAAUCACGUGAUGUCCGUAAGAGAUCUGCACGAUCUGGCGGAUGGGCUUUUCGACUUCCUUCGUGACAUGGGGCUACCGUGCACGCUACAGUACAUCGUGGACGGGCUUGGGUCCAUUGCCGCCGCCGCCCCCCCAGACGCCGCUGCGCCCCAUGCCGCCGCCGCUCGCGCCUCCAGCGCGUCCAUAGCCUCAGCUGCGGUGGCAGCCGCGGAUACUGACGCGGGCGCUGACGCUGACGUGGGCGCUGACGCUGGCGCUGACGGCGAGGGCGCCCGCCGUGCCCCUGGCUUCCCAGCCCGCGAGCUCGGCGCUGGUCCUGUUCCGUAUCAGGAGGAGCCGCAGGAGCCGCCGCGGGCGCCUGGUAGUGAUGGUGUUGACGACAGCAGCAGCAGCAGCGGCGGCGGCGGCGCUGACGACGGCAGCCGCGGCGCUGCUGGCGGCGACACUAGUAGCGGCGGCGUCCUGGCGGCGGUGGACGAUAUGGCAGUGCGGCUGCCGGCACUGGCCGCGGAGAGCGAGUGGCUGCUGGUGGCGGUGAAGAGCGUGGCUUGCGGCUUCGGCGACCCGCAAGUGGAGGCCGCCUGCCGGCGCUUCCGCUGCUACGAGUGCAAGCGCCUGCGCCUCGACCACGCCGCCGCCGCCGCCCACGCCGCGCUGGCCGUGGCAACCGUCAUACUGGCGGCACGCGGGCUCGAAGGCCGCGGCGGCGGCGGCAGUGACGGCUGGGAUGGCGGCAGCAGCUGGGAUGUGCUGGAGGGGGCUGCUGGCGGUAUGCUGCUACAGCCGGCGGCUGCCGCGCAGGAGCUGCUGCAGGGCCUGCCGGCGGCGUGCCUGCUGCUCGGCCUGGCGCUGGUUCCAGCACUGGUGCUGCCGGCGGUGCUACUCGAGCUGGUCGGGCCGCAGGCGGGCGCCCGCUGGCGCGAGACCAUCGCAAGUCUGAUGCACGUGGCGCUGGUGGCGGCGCUGUGCCUGUACGGCAAGUACGGCGGUGGCGGCGGACCUGGUGGCGGCGGCGGCGGACCUGGCGGCGGUGACUUCGAGCCUGGCAGCGGCGGGCUUGGUGGUGGUGGCAGCGAGGCGUGGCAGCUGCCGCUGCCGCUGCAGGCCGGCCGGGCGCUGGCGUUGCUGCUGGUGGUGGUGCAGCCGGCCGCUUAUGGGAUCCAUUUUGCCAGCGGCUACUGCUGCUGGGUGUUGGACAUGGUGCUUCUCACGCUGGUGCACUGGCGCUGCACAGCGCUGGAGGCGGCGGAGCGCGGCGGCGGUGGCACGGGCGGCCCAGGCGGCAUGGGCGGCCCGGGCGGCCCGGGCGGCAUGGGCGGUCCGGGCGGUAUGGGCGGCAUGGGCGGCAUGGGUGGCAUGGGCGGCAUGGGCGGCGGCGGCGGCAUGGGUUGCGGCGGCGGCACAGGCGGCAUGGGCGGCGGCGGCGGUAUGGGCGGCAUGGGCCGCGGCGGCGAGAUGGGCAGCAUGGGCCGCGGCGGCGACAUGGGUGGCAUAGGCGGCAUGGGCGGCAUGGGCGGUAUGGGCGGCAUGGGUGGCGGCGCCGCGGAGCAGUGGGGUUUGUGCUGGGCCCCGUCGUCUUGGGUGGAGGCCAUCGCACCGGCCGUGAUGGCCGUGAUGGCCUCGAGUGCGCUUGUGGCGGUGGUGGAUACGGCCUGGCGCCUGUACUUCCUGCGCCGCCAUCAUCAGCACCAGCAGCAGCGACAGCAGCAGCAACAGCAGCAACAGCAGAAGCGCUUGGGGUCACAGGCGCGGCGGCGGGAGGUUCAGAGAGAGCGGCGGCAGCUGCAGCGGCAGUAGUAGCAGCAGUACGGGGGAGGCACGGUGGGAGAGGUGUGGCAACCGCAUGAUUGAGUGAGACACCUACCUGAUGCGGCUGAGGAAGCAAAAGCAGGAGCGGAUGAAGGUUGCAGCGGCGCGACAGGCAGCACCAAGGAGACGGAAAGCAAGGGAGAAGGAGAGUUUGAAGUUGUGAAAACUGGAGACGUAAAUUGCCAAGCAACACAGUUGCACGCGUGUCGCAUGCAUGUAUCCAUCGCCCCCAGACUUCCAAGGAUGCCCCGGCUACGACUCAAGGGGCACUUGAUUGUUUGUAGGUUUUAGUGCCCGGUUGUAAAUACUGAUGCGUUCUUUCAAAGCCGCGUGGCUGUUGUGUUGUUGACGUCAUUGUGACAUGCGCUGGAUGUGCUUUGUUAUGUGACGGCUGCCGGCUGCUGGCGCGGGACAGUGCCAUAGGCAGUGCCAUAGGCAGUGCCAUAGGCAGUGCCAUAAGAGUGCCGGCAUGUGUGGCAGUGCAAGGCAGCAGCAGGCGCGGCAAGGAGUAGGAGCGGAAGGGGAAGGAGAAGGAGAGGGAUAAGAGAGCUGCAGUGACGGCGAUCUCAUGUCGCUUGCUUGUAUGUUUCUGUGUCCAUGGAUGGACGGGGGCGUUCUUUCACACCCUUGCGGCUGCAGUGUUGUGGGCACUGUUCGGACGUGUGCUGCUGUCUUUUCUUAUGCUAUGUGGGGAGUAGUGGCGGUAAUACCGUAUGUCGUGCAUGGCGUCUGUUGACGUGCGUGCCUGGAGAAGUGCUCUGUCAAUGAGCGCCGCCAUAGACACAGGCAACGGCGGUGCCGCAGUCCGGUGUCGCUUGCAUGGCCCAUACAUAUGUUGGGAUUGAAAUUUACGGAGCGCACAUUAUAGUUUGGUAGUCUGGCCGUACACGGGCCGUGUGGGGCUGGGGAAGAUGGUGGCGUGGACAGAUAGCUGUAGAGUAGAUGGGCCAUGCAUGCGUGGACUGCAUCAAGGAGUCAGUGCAAGGAAUGAGGCGCGCAUUCGUGUAAUGGAAGAGUUAU